AUGUACAAGAAAUAUAUUCGCAAAUGGGGUAUUCGGAAAAACCUACGAUCCAUUCAUGUCGUCGACAUUCUUCGAAAGGAUCCCAAUAUCGGGUUCAAUGAAGUUUCGACUCGGUAUACAGGGCUGGUCGAUGCAAAAAGGGUCCAAGUCUAUUUGCACCGUCUUUCCGAAAAGCGGCGACAGCAGAUUGAAAUCGAAGCGGUAGCUCAUGGUGAUGGCGGGCACUUGACUGGGCGCUUGACACCGUCACUCAACGUCGUCACAUUCACGACGACAGCCCCCGAACGGUACCUGCACCAUGUACAAGACUAUAUUAGGGGAACAUUUACAUCCGGAACGUGGUCCAAGCUGUGGGCGCCGAAUUCGACCUCGUAUGCGAGGAAUUUUUACCUAAUCGAUUUGGCGAUAACGGCAAAAAAUGCCUUCAUUCACGGCUAUAGUAGCGAAGCCUUCGGCAUCAUCCAUCUUGCCUUCAGUCAGCUUGGGCCCUGUAUGAGAUCCGAUACAGUCGACAUGCUGGCUUGCAUCCAUUGGGUGGGCUUGAUCUAUUACAGCUUCAGCCCAGAGACUGCCGGUUCUUGGUUCAAGUACAGUAUUGGUUUGUCCAGAAUCAUCUAUGCCUCGGGCCACUAUCCGCAGUAUCAGACGGCUUGGAUCGAGCAACUGGGCGAGAUCGAAAUAGAGCAGUGGAUCCAUGUGUCAGUGCGAGCAAUCGAGUUCAACAUGCGCAACUUGUGCAAGCAUCUCAUCAAUGAUGGAAGACCAAAGUCAGACUUUGUUCCAUUGACAGCAAUGCUGAUAUCGCGUACUCGUGGGAUGGGAGCGGCCGUCAUUCCGCCGGCCGAUUUUGCCAAUGUAGGACGCCUGACGUGGGAGGGGUUUGGUUGCGUAGACCUCGAGGACUCCUGGACCAAGUUUGCGCUCGCCGGCGUCCUCUUCGACGAGGGAAAAUACAGCAAAGCAAAAGGAAUCGCCGAGGAUAUUUUGAAAAUGAACAAGGCCGACAAUCGUCAAGUGGUAGGGCUUUGCUUCCGGAUCCUGUUUUUAAUUGCCAUGAAGACCGGAAACAUGGACGACGCCAUGUUCUGGGCCAGAGAGUCUACCUCAUUUUGGACAACUCAUCUAGACGCCGAGAAUGAGCUGACGAUCGAUGCAAUUUAUGACAUGCAGGAGCUGCUGCGCAGCAGAGGUGACGUCGGUGCAGCAAGAGACUGUCAAAAGCAUAUCAGCACUAUGUUGAACCGAAGAUGCGAGCGCAUACAGCGGGAAAUUCACGGUUACGAUGUUUCGAGCAGCUCCUCUGAGAUGCUAGCCAGCAGUAACAUUGUCGGAAUGUGGAUAACUUGCAGAUGA